AUGACGAAAGUGCGACGGCUCCAGAUUUUAUGCUUCGUUGAGGGUAAGCGUACGUCUCGGAGUCAGAGUUACAGUACGAAAGCUGUUGAGCAAGAAGCUCUUGACUAUUGCAAAAAGCUUUUUGCCAGCAACCAAUCAAAUUCAACCGAUUUCGUGUAUGCCGGCACACUUGUUGGUGUACAUUUACGGUUAUGGAUUGUCCACCGAGCAAACGGGGAAGACGGUAUGAGUCUUACACCAUUGUGGGUCGCCCCAUAUCCAAAGAGCAACGAGGAUUACAAGGAUCUAGGCGAUAGUGCAGACGGACAGGAGGUCCUAAGAGCGUUCCAUGGGAUGAUCAGUGUUGCGCCGCAGCCAUGGAUUGAAACUAAGGGUAUUGGAGUGGUGCCAUCAUCAGGCGGAGGAGCGUUUCAACUACCAACAAUUGAUCGACCAGACUUCAUUCCAGAGUCCAUCGCCCCCGUUCUUCCAAGUGUCCCUACUGGCCCUACGAUCUCAGGUCUUCCACCUGAUUAUGUGAGAGUAACCAAGUUCUUGGUAACCACAACCAGUUACACUUGGAUGACCUCCUCAGGGGAAACCGGCUCCGGCAGAGUUGCUGAGUUGGAUGUUGAGCGAUGCUAUCUCUUGAAUAAAGAGAGACAACUCUAUGCUGAUAGCGCCACUGAGAAUGUUCCUGUCCGACUCUGA